UUUAAGUACUGGCUAAGUACUUUAUAACUUAUAUAAAUAACUACCAGCAACUGCAAUUUUAUCAGAGCAGCUAUAAGUAUACAUUGACAUCACUUAUCUUUAUUCUUCUACACAUUAUAUAUAUACUUAUAUAUACACACAUACAUAUAUACAGAAUUUCUUUUCCUUUUUGUUUAUCAUCCCAAAAGCAAUUUCUAAAGGAAAUGUUUAAAUUUAUUGCAAUAAUUUUGCUCUUUGGCGUAUUAUCUUCAGCAAGAAUUAUUUCAAAACGAUCGAGCGCUUGCUAUGGGAAGCUUGGUUGUUUGAGCACUGAUGGUUUUUUCAGCAUAUGGAGACCCAUCAACUUCCUUCCACAGUCUCGAAAAGAUGUCAAUACCCAGUUCCGAUUGUAUACCAGACUGAACAAGGCGGAAGAUACAUUAGUUCGUGCUGAUUUUCCUCUCACGUUGACUGUGUCUCAUUUCAAUGAUAGCAAACCGACAAAGUUCCUUGUACAUGGUUUUACAGACAAUGGUUUCAAACCCUGGCUGCUGCAUAUGAAGGAUGAAUUUCUAAAGUAUGGAGACUUGAACGUGUUCAUAGUUGAUUGGGGCAGUGGCUCAAAGCCACCAUAUGUUCAGGCAACUGGAAAUACUCGGCUGGUCGGUGCUGAAAUUGCUUAUCUUGUUAAAUUUUUAGAGAAGACUACAAAAUUCAAAAGAGCUGAUGCCCACGUUAUUGGGCACAGCUUGGGUUCUCAUAUUGCUGGCUAUGCAGGGGCUAGACUUCCUGGACUGGGACGCAUAACAGGUCUUGACCCUGCUGGACCCUAUUUUGAAGGAACUCCUAAAAUGGUAAGGCUGGACUCUUCAGAUGCUACUUUUGUGGACACAAUUCACAGUGAUGCACGGAACAUUUUACGUUUAGGUUUUGGUAUGGAUGAUGCUUGUGGCCAUGUAGAUUAUUAUCCAAAUGGAGGAAAUCAUCAGCCAGGUUGUAGCAAAGAUCCUGUUACAUUUCUUGUCACUAAUGGAAUUGAGGGAGGUUUGACCAAAUUUGUGGCCUGUGACCAUAUGAGGGCUGUCCAUUACUUUAGUGAAUCUAUCAACAGUAAAUGUGGUUUUCUCAGCUUCAAAUGUAACACCUAUGAAGAUUUUCAGGCCCAGAAGUGUUCCCCAGUGGCUGGAGCUCAUAUGGGGCUGCAUGCUGAUCAAUAUAUACCACCAAAGGGAGAAACCAAUGUAAAGAUGUUUUUGGAAACUUCUGAUACAGGACCUUUCUGCUUGAUGCAUUAUAAGAUCAACUUGCGUAUCGGUGCAUCAAUUUACCGUGGAAAUAUAGCAGAAGGAAUACUGUAUGUCCAGCUGGUGGGUUCUGACUCCAAGACUGGUGUAAUACAGAUUACUGAUGGUAAUAUCAAGUUGGAUCCUAAAAAGAAUUUUUCAUUCCUGGUGAAGAAUAAACAGAAUCUUGGAGAAUUAGUUGAGAUGAAACUGAAAUGGAAAUAUGAGAAAAAUUUGUUUAAACCUUGGACUUGGAUUAGCAAUCCUCCGAAGAGUCUGUCCGUUUUCAAACUUGAAGUCACAGAUGAGAAGGCAGUUCGGAAAACGUUUUGUCAUACAAUUUACACCAACAUCAACCAUGAUUACCUACAAUCCUUCAAACUAAGCAAAAGUUGCUGAUAAACAUGUGAAAGAUAAUUGAAUCAACGUUGUUUUAUAAAUAAAUUGUAUCAACAUCUCAAGCUUAAAUUUUAAAAUAGCAUUUUCAGAUAAACUUUGCUUAAAUUUGUUAUGAUACACAUCAUAAUUUCAUACUGCUUUGCAGAAAAAAUAUUUUCUAAAUGGUACAAUAAAUGAUUAUUUAUGUAAAUAUGA